ACAAAACAAAACUCAAGUACAAUGAAGACAACAAUGAUAUUGCUUUCUUUCCUUCUUUUUGCUUUCUCAACAAAUCCAUUCCUCAGUGCAGCACAAGAUGCCGUUCUUGACAGCUCCGGUGAGAGGCUCCAAACAGGCGUCGACUAUUACAUAUUGCCGGCUGUCAGUGGCAGCGGAGGUGGACUCACCCUAGGCCCCAAUAGUAAUGGCACCAACUGCCCACUUGAUGUUGUCCAAGAACAAAGCUACGGUAGCAAUGGUCUCCCUUUGACAUUUACAUCGGUGAACCCGAAUGAGGAGGUGGUUAACCUCGUAACUGACCAAAACAUCAAGUUCUCAGCUGCCACAAUCUGUGUCCAAUCAACCGUGUGGAAGCUCGCUCCUUCUGACGUGUUGGAGGGACGAUUCGUGACAACCGGUGGUGUUGAAGGAAACCCGGGUCGUGCAACAUUGAGCAACUGGUUCAGGAUUGAGAAGUAUGAUGAUGACUACAAGCUUGUCUUUUGUCCAUCUGUGUGUGGUGUCAAUGAGGGUUGCAGAGUUCUUUGUGGUGACCUUGGCAUUUUUGUUGACAACAGAGUCAGACGUUUGGCUUUGAGCGAACAACCACUCAAAGUGACCUUUAAGAAGGCCUAAAAACGUUUUCUGCUCAUAAAAGUUACUGCUAAGACAAAGAUAUAUCUCCGUUUUAUAACUGUAUGUAAUAAGAAAGCUUGUGCUUUCAGGUCGUAUAUAUUAAUGCAAUAAAGGCAGUGACAUUUAUUUUUCUUA